AAUUUAAUACGUGGAUUACUGCAUCCUAUAAAUCAUGUUUCACCAAUGAAAUUUUAAAUUUUAAAAAUCACAAAUACAUAAAACACAAAUCUAAAGCAAAAUCAUAAAGCAAAAAUCAAAUUUCAUCACUGUUUUUUGUUGUUUACUGAAGAGAGCAAAUUAUUUUGAAUUAUUGAAGAUUAAUAUUGCUAUUUUUAAGGUACUCAGGUAAAUGGAGAUCCCAAACAGAAUAUGUGGAUUAUAAAAGUGAAGGGAUUGUUGCUACUGAAUCAGCAAAUUAUUUGAGGUUGAUUUCGUUGAUUGCUGAUGAACUAAACAUUGACGAAACUUGAAAAAAUAUUGAUGUACGUUAUGUUGUUGACGGAAAUGAUUCACCUUUUCAUAUCUGUAAUGAUAAUAACGUAUGAUUGUAUGUCGAGUAGAAAAAAAUCAAUCGGCGUUCAUGAUGUAUCCGUUAUGUAUUUCAACAACAGAAAAAUGUGAAGACGACAAAUUGUUUGACAGGAAAACAGGAGUUGUGGUUUGCCUGGAGGGUGUUGAAUUUGAUGCUUUAACUUUAUCUGUUGCUGAGACACAAAAUGAGUAUGCUUUGUAUGUCCCGGAGGUUGAAGAUAACUUGAUAUAUGAUAGCAAGAGUAUUGAUGUAAAGGUGAAACAGAUGAAUAAGGAUAAAAAUACGCUUGUUUCAGUGAUGUCGAAAUAUAAGGUGACUAAUGGAUUCAAUGUUAGAGCAAAGCGAUCAGACAAAAAAAGCUCCAGUUAACUAUAAGAGAAGGCACACACCGAGGGACAUCAUUGAAGAAAUGAAAAUUGUAUAUGGUGUGGAUAUAAAUUAUAUGAAAGCAUGGAGUACGAAGGAGCGUGCCAUCGCUUUGCUUAGGGGCGGACCUGCGGAUGGUUAUAAACAGAUGCAGAGAUACAUUUAUAUGUUAAAAAAUGUAUAUCCUAAUUCACACGUUGCAAUGCACAAAUCAUGAGAUAAUCGAUUAAUGUAUUUGUUUAUAGCAUUGCAUCCCUUGAUAAGGGUUUUGAGUAUUGCAGACCUAUUGUUGCUGACUUUCAUCUCAGUAAGUACUC